AUGAAGCUGCAAUUGCAUGUAUGGGGCCCAGCCUUUAAUUUGCCCUCAAUUGAGGCACAAUGCUUGGCAGCUAUCGCAUACUGUUCCUUAACCCUGCCCGAGGGCUCAUGGGAGCUUGUCGCAAGCAGCGAUCCCUCCAUCUCCCCUACGGGUGAGCUGCCUGCUCUUCAGAAUGGCUCAGUUUGGGUGGCCCGAUUCCGCAAUAUCGUUGACUACCUGCGGAAGUACUCGAACGGAGAUUGGGACCUGGAUAAGGACUUGAGCGAUUCAGAGAAGGCCGACAACACUGCAUUCUCCUCUUUCAUCGAAUCCCGCGGCCAGGCUCUCAUCGAUCUCUCUCUGUACGUGACCAGCCAAAAUUACAACGCCAACACAUCGCCCGCCUACGGUAGUCUGUUACAAUGGCCCAACCAAUGGAUCUUCCCUCCAAAAUUGCACAGCGCUGCCAAGUCUCGCACCGAGCAUCUGGGUCUCUCGUCGUUGGACCUGCAGGCCAUGGAAGAUGAGCGCCAGCGAAAGCAGUCGGCUGCGAUAGCCACCGGUCAAAUCCCGAAGAACUUUAUCCAAAGCCCACGCGAAACUGUCUCCGGGCUUCUGGGCCGAACAGCCCAGCAGAACCAUUUCCGUAUCGAUGCUCUGACAGGAGAGUUUUUCGAACCAUUAGAAGCCAUGUUGGGUCAGAAGUCUUAUUUGCUGGCCGCAAAUGAGACCGACCUCCCAGCUAGCCUGGACUGCAUCGCGCUCGGCUAUCUUUCCCUCUCGCAUAUCUCCGAUCUCAGCCAGCCCUGGCUUCACGACGCCAUGCGCGCCAAGGCCCCGCUGUUAUCGGCUUACACGGAGCGUUUGCGCCGUCGUUGUUUCGGUCAAGCCCCAGCUGAAGUGGCGCAUGCAUUCACGCCGCAAUCAGCUCCUCCAUCGUCAUUGCCCUGGAGUGCACCCGGUCGUCUUUCGGUGGCUGCUGUCGGUAGUACUCUCAUCGCUACCUUGGCAGACUCCACACCCUUUGUGCGGGAUAUCCGCAUGAAUAACCGUCUGAAGAAAGAGGCCGAGUCGGCAUUGGACCUAGAUCCAGUAGAACGCCGGGCCGUGUCUAUGUUUGCCGAUGCUAACAAGAGAGACAUGUAUGUGUCUAUCGUGACUGUUGUGGCUGGUACCGCCGCUCUGGUGGGCUACCUGUUGCACGCGGGUACACUCGCCGUGUUCACACAGGGCGAAGAAGAAGAUGAAGAAGAAGAAGGAGAAGAAGGAGAAGAAGAAGAAGACGACGAAGAAUUUGAAAUCAUCGACCCAGGGCAGGCGAGUGACUUCCUGGGUAGUAUUAGCGCGGACUCUUUCUAA